AUCUAUCAAGUGGAGCUACACCGAGGCUCACGGGGCUUCGGAUUUUCCAUCCGUGGUGGCAGGGAGUUCAACGCCAUGCCUUUGUUUGUUCUGCGCAUUGCCGAGGGAGGAGCAGCUGACCUGGACGGGAGGCUGAGGGUCGGGGAUCAAAUUCUGGAGAUCAACUCGUUUAAUACAGACAGCAUGACCCACACAGAAGCUAUAGAGAUCAUACAGAACGGUGGGGCCAGUGUUAGGCUGCUCAUGAGA